AUGCCGUUACUUGAUCCGCGUUCGGGGCCGUCCUAUGGUACGAUCGAGCAGGAGGAUUCCCGCAUGGAUAAUGAGAGGGAUGAGCUGUUGCCGGACCAGUAUGAUACUGAGCCCGGAUCCAGUGCAACGUCCACAUCGGGCGAGCUUCAGGAUGGGGUCCAAAAAAUCGAGGCCAUCAACCUGACCUGGACCACAUGGUCUUUGGUCAUAGCCUAUGUCAGUAUAUUUCUCAUGGCCUUUUGUACGUCUCUAGAAAGCCAGACUGUCAUAUCCCUGUCUGCCUAUGCAACGAGUGCUUUCAGUAAACACUCGUUAAUCUCGACGGUGCUCGUCGUUCAGAAUGUGGUGAAUGCUGUCAUCAAGCCCCCGAUGGCAAAGGUCGCAGAUGUGUUCGGCCGCUUCGAGGCCUUCUGCGUGAGCAUCCUUAUAUACGUCCUGGGUUACGUCCAGAUGGCCGCGUCGACCAACGUUCAGACCUACGCAUCCGCCCAAAUCUUCUAUUCCGCCGGCUCGACAGGCUUGCAGAUUCUCCAACAAGUGUUCAUUGCCGACAGCAGCGAUCUGCUGAACCGUGCCUUUCUCGCUCUCCUUCCCGAGUUCCCAUUCUUGGUGACCGUCUGGCUCGGCCCGACCAUUGCAGGCGUGGUGCUUCGGACAACCUCGUGGCGAUGGGGCUAUGGCAUGUGGGCCAUUUUGUUGCCGGCAUCUUUCCUGCCACUCGCCCUCUCGUUGCUUUUGAAUCAGCGAAAGGCUCGGAGGCUGAAUCUGAUUCGAGCACCGAGAUCAAGGCGACACAAGGACCUUGUUGUCAUUAUUCAACGGACUUGGUAUGAUUUGGACGUCGGAGGACUGACGCUUCUAUCCGCUGCGGUCACUUUGAUCCUUGUACCGCUGACUCUUGCGGCCAACGCCAAGAAUGGGUGGAAAAACGCGAGCAUCAUUGUGAUGAUCGUGGUGGGCAUCGUCUGCUUGAUAAUUCUGCCGUUCUGGGAAUCCUCAAAGAAAUUAGCUCCCAAGCCUUUACUGUCUUUGCACCUGUUGAAGCAGAAAACUGCUCUUGCGGGUUGCGCAUUGGCAUUCUGGUAUUUCAUGGCCUUUUACUUUUCCGUUCAACCAUACCUGUAUUCCUACCUCCAAGUUGUCCAAGACUACGACGUUGCCACAGCUGGCCGCGUCACCCAGACAUUUGCCUUCACAUCCACCAUCGCCGCCUUCAGCGUGUCCAUCUUGAUCAAGUAUACCCGGCGAUACCGUGUCUACGUGACACUGGGCUGUGUUGUCUACAUGUCCGGCCUAGCAAUGAUGCUCCUGUGCCGAGGCGAAGGAGCCUCGCACCUCCAAGUCCUGGGUACCCAGAUCAUGGUCGGUUGUGGCGGGGGCUUGCUCAAUGUGCCUGUGCAGCUCGGCGUCCAAGCCUCGGCCAGCCACCAGGAAGUCGCCGCAGCCACGGCGAUGUUCCUGACCUCGAUGGAGAUGGGCGGUGCCGUCGGUGCCGCCAUCUCGGGGGCCGUGUGGUCGUCUUUCAUCCCGCAGAAGCUCCUCCGCUACCUGCCCGACGAGACCAAGUCCGAGGCUGGCGAAAUCUUCGGCAAGCUGACCAAGGCCCUGUCGUACCCGAUGGGUUCGCCUACUCGCAUCGCCAUCAACCGCGCCUACCAAGAGACUAUGAACCGGCUGCUGAUGCUUGCACUCGUCGUCACCCUGCCUCUCAUCCCGCUCAGUCUCAUGAUGGUGGACUAUAAACUUGAUAAGAUGGGCCAUGGCAAUUCCGAACCCUCCCGCGACCCGUCACCGGUUGGGGCAGCGCCCGACUCCGACGACCAGCACUUCAAACGAACCUAA